AUGUCUUCCCAAAGCCCCGCCAAACUCGAGCCUCUGCUUGUGUCGAAUGGCGGAAAGUGGACGUUGACGUCUGAUGGGGAAGCCUUGGAGCGGAGUUUCAAGUUUAAAAACUUUACAAAGACGUGGGAUUUUAUGACGGCUGUUUCGCUGCAGUGUAAGAUCUGGAAUCACCACCCUGAGUGGUCAAACGUCUACAACACUACGUUCAUCCGCUGGACAACGCAUGUGCCCAAGGGCCUGUCGGACAAAGACAUUGGUCUAGCCACGCUUUGCGAUGCUCUGGCUAAAGACUUUGGCGAGCUGGAACCCGAGCCUGCUAGCUGCGAGAUCAAGAAUUUGGCUGAUGAGGUAGUCAAAGAUGGGAACUGUUGUGUAAAAAAGUAA